UGAUAAUUGAGAGUCGUUAAAUGAUUUGAGUGAUUUAACUAAAUUUUCUUCUAACAGCUCUCAUCUAUCAACUUUACGUGAAGUGCACUACAGAUGAGUUUUCACCUUCCUCUAAACUUAUUUCUUUUUGUGGGAGGCGCUGUGUGUUGUUGGGUAAAGAAAAGAAAGGAAACAAGGAAAAGAAAUAAUGAUCUGAUCUGAUUUUCAUUUUUAUUGUUGUUGCAGAAGUUUGUUGUUUAUGGUUAAGCUCUGUGGGAACCUUUUCUGCUUGUCUCAUUCUUGUGGUCAUGUAAAGAUAAAAAUAAAGAAAAAGAUAAAAAAAAGUAGAAGGACGGAACGACAAAAGAAAAGAAAAGCCAUAAAAGAUUGGUCCCUAUCUAAUGUUUUCUUUCUGGUUUUGUCCAGAAAUCUUUUAUCAUUUCUGGUUUUGUUGGUUUAAGCGAUAAGAUAUAGACACACAAAAGUCUCAAGUUUGGAGAGGACUUGUUUGUAUUUAGCCUACUGGCCACCAUGGCUGCAGGUAUGCUUAGUUGCGUGGAGUCUGAGUUGCAGGAAACAUUAUCCGGCUUGUCCCGGCAGGCGGGUCUAGUAACAACGUUGGAGAGAACAUUAAAGAUGUGUGCAUCAUUGAGAACUCUAGUUGAAGAUGCGGAACAUAAACAACUGUUUGAUAUUCAGGCGAAGCUGUGGAUGCAACGCACUGUGGAUAUAUGCUAUGACAUGGUGUACAUAUUGGACGAACUGAAUCUGCAAGAGGUUGGAAAGGUACGUGUUUUUAGCCAUCAGUUCUCUUUCUUCAAUCCUUUCCGACGUCAUCACAAGGGUAUAUAUGCUCUUGGGCUGCGUCAUAAUAAGCUGAGAGAAAUCAUCAGUGGAUUUGAAAGCCUAGCAGAGGAAGCACGUGUGUAUGGAAUUCGAAGGUCUGCUAAACUGGAGAACUGGAAUAUUUGUGAGCGGCAAUUCAAUCCUCUUUUUGAGUAUGAGGUUUAUGGCAGAGAAGUAGAAAGAGAAUUUUUGGUCAGCAACUUAUUAGACGGCAACGAUGAUAUUCGAGUGAUUUUCAUUGAAGGAAUGGCUGGAAUGGGAAAGACUACACUGGCCAAACUUGUGUACCAAAAUUAUCAAGUGAAGGCUUAUUUUGGUUAUAAGGCAUGGGUAUCUGUCUCGGAAGAGUUCAAUCUCAGAAAAAUUGUCAUGGCCAUCCUAGGGUUUUCAACUUCUGAUCUAAUGAAUGAUGUUGAAAUGGAAUUACUGGUACUCAUAUUUCGUCGAGUUACUGCCGGAGAAAGAUGUCUCUUUGUUCUGGACGACGUAGCCAACUAUACUCUUGAGCACUGGCAACUAAUAAGGGAGUUUUUCAAUAAUUUUUGUGUUGCGGGAAGUAGAAUUUUGGUAACCACACGGAAGAAAUCUGUCCCAUACCGACUGGGAUUCCCAUCGGAUGUUGUCGCAUAUCUGCUGCCACUAACUGAAGAAGAUUCUUGGGCAAUUGUUCGGGAUACUGCAUUUGGUCCACUAACACACACUGAUUUCCGAUACCCGAGAAUGAAAAUCACAGAGAAAUGUCGUAACGUGCCGCUAUAUCUGAGAUCUAUUGGUGCUAUCAUGCGUUACAAACACAGCGAAAUAGAAUUUCGAGAGAUAUUGGAAAGUCAGAUAUGGGAGGUAGCACACGAAAAUCAAAUGGGGCCUUUCUUGAUUAUGCUCUAUUGUCAACUCCCCUCUUAUUUGAAACAAUGCUUAUUGUAUUGUUCCAUCUUUCCCAAGGAUCACAUAAUCGUUAUAGAUCAACUGAUCCGAUUAUGGAUGGCACAGGGUUUUAUUCACACGGAAGAACAAGGCCAGAGAAUAUUUAAUGGGUUGUUGGGCUAUUCCAUCUUCAAUGAAGUUACACUACAUGGUACUCCGGGUUCCACAUGCCGAUUAGAGGGCGGAAUCAGCAGUCUCAGCCACGCUAUCGCAGAGAACGAAUAUCGCAGAAUGCUUCUUGAUAGUGGGGACGAACCUAUAGAAGACCAUGAUCUUCCCAGGAAUUGUCGCCAUUGCACUCUUACUAUUGCCACUCACACUUGUUUACCAGAGUCCAUUCCCAAUGCAGAGAAACUCUGCACUUUGAUGAUUUUGUCUGAGUAUUCCUCAGUAGAUGCAACAAACCUUUCUAGUCUGCUAAGUAAUUUGAGGAGGCUCAGGGCACUGAUCUUGAGCUCUUGUUCCAUACAAGAACUUCCAACAAAGGUAGGAAAAUUGUUUCAUCUAAGAUACCUUGACUUGUCUUUCAAUCAUGAUUUAAAGCGCUUGCCUGGAGUAAUAUGCAAUCUGCUCAAUCUUCAAACUUUAAAUCUCAAUGGAUGUCGUAGUCUUCAGAAACUACCCAAAGGUAUCGGAAAAUUGAUCAAGCUACGGCAUCUUGAGAUUCUUUGGACAACCAGUCUUACUUACUUACCAAAAGGGAUUGCAUGUUUAACCUCGCUCAGAACCUUAAGCCGUUUCUUUGGGAAUUCUCUUGUUGGAAGCAAAGCAUGCAACAUUGGAGACUUGGAAAAGCUGAACAAUAUCCAAGGGAAUAUCACCAUAGAUGGGUUGGGAGCUGAAACUGAUGCUUCUGAUGCUGAAAGAGCAGGUCUAGAGAAUAAGAAAGGUUUGCGUGGCUUAGAGCUCUGGUUUACUGCUCCGGGAGCCGGUACCAACGAUGAAAGGGUACUUGGAGCUUUGAAAGCACCUCCUGAAUUGGAAGAUCUCGGGAUAUUUUACUACAGAGGAAAUUUGUUCCCCACUUGGAUGAUAGCACUGCAGAAGCUUACACAUCUAACCCUUGCUGAUUGUGAGAAAUGCAGUGUUCUUCCCAGGCUUGGAGAACUUUCAUCCCUUGAAUCACUUAAAAUAAUCAAUAUGCCCAGUAUAAAGAAGGUGGUGGAUUCUGAAUUUCUGGGAACAGAAUCAACUGAUGCAUUUCCAAAGCUUAAAACACUUUCCUUCCAGAAACUGGAUAAUUGGGAAGAGUGGGUUGGACUAGGUGAUGAUGGCGUCCAAGCAAAUUUUAUGCCUUUGCUUUAUUCUUUGUCAAUUGUAAACCGCAGAAAGCUAAAGGCAAUUCCGGACUACAUAAAGCUGAAGAGAAAUGAGAGGUCUUCAUUUCAAACUAACAUUAAAAAAUGUCCUUCUCUUGAGCAAACACACUAUCAGUAAUGAACUAGAAGAACAUUUUCCACUGCACAAAGGAAUCAUAUGAAGAUGUCUAGUCAAGCGUGGAAUCUAGUAGACGGGGAAGUGCUUAUUCAAGCUUUCUGCUUUUUAUAAUAAAGGUCCAGUUUACACAAAUAAAAUUGUUGCCUGUUGCCUGUUGCCCUGUUGAGCUACUUCGGAUUUGGGAAACAUUUUGUUUAAUGUCUAUUAAACUAUGAGUGUCCUUGUAUCCUUGCAUGACUAUUUGCUUAGUUUGCUUUUUUUUUUUUGUUUCCCUUUCGGUUUCACUCUAUUUGUUUGGAUAGUUUCAUGUUUCAGUUGACAAACACUACUUAUGCUCUGAACACUUCUAUUGUUGACUCAUAUAUGGUCGGAAAUUGGAAUACUACUGUUGUGUA